AUGGAGAAUCGCUUGAGAUUCUAUAAUGAUAUUUUAAAAGAAGUAUACGAUGAUGAGGGAGUCCUGACUAAUACAUCAUCAGAUCAGUUAGAAGUUGAAAGUGUGAUUUUAAGAAUAUACAGAAAGUUUGAAGAAAAAGCUUCUAUAGAUCCUGAACUUCCUCAACUCAAUAAAAAUGCUCAUGUUAUAUAUUUAAAAGAUUCUUUGAAAAAUUUACCUCGGAGCUAUGCCUGCUUGGAGGCCAGUAGGUCAUGGCUGGUUUAUUGGAUUUUACAUGGUCUUUGGACUUUAAAAGCCAUGCCUGAUUCUGAAACUUUAUCACAUGUAGUGAAGUUUUUAUCACAUUGUCAAAAUAAAGAUGGUGGCUAUGGUGGUGGGCCUGGACAAUUAUCCCACCUUGGUACCACUUACGCAGCAGUAAAUGCACUAAGCAUAAUUGGCACUGAAGAGGCUUAUAAUUCUGUUGACAGAAGUUCUUUACAGAAAUUUCUAUGGACUGUCCGAGAUGUUGAUGGUUCAUUUGCUCUUCACAUUGGAGGUGAACAUGAUAUAAGAGGAGCAUACUGUGCAAUUAGUGUGGCAAAAAUAACUAAUACAUAUACUGAUGCAUUAUUUGAUAAAACAGCAGAAUGGAUUGUUAGUUGUCAGACCUAUGAAGGUGGAUUUGCUAGUUGCCCUGGAAUGGAAGCUCAUGGUGGUUAUGCUUAUUGUGGUAUUGCAGCUUUAGCUUUACUUAAUAAAACACAACUUUGUGAUGUUGAAGCAUUGCUGAGGUGGGCUGUAAAUCGUCAGACAAGUCUUGAGGGAGGGUUCCAGGGGAGAACAAAUAAACUUGUUGAUGGCUGCUAUUCUUUUUGGCAAGGCGCUAUAUUCCCCAUCAUAAGUGCUAUAUUGUCCCAAGAUAACAAAGAAAUGAUAGAGACAGUUUUGUUUAGUCAAAGUGCCUUACAAGAAUAUAUAAUUGUAUGCUGUCAGGCUUAUGAUGGAGGGCUUAUUGAUAAACCAGGAAAGCCUCGAGAUUUAUAUCACACUUGUUAUACAUUAAGUGGAUUAUCUGUCGCUCAGCAUGGUACAGGUGCAACUGACCCAUAUGUUGUUGGCUCUCCAAGGAAUGAACUUAACAGGAUACACCCUUUACAUAAUAUUGCACCCCAUCUAGCAUAUAAUGCUUUACAUUAUUUCAUAAGACAUCCACCCCCAGUAAAAGACAGUAAC